AUGAGUGAAAGAGCUCCAUGGGUCCGCAAGUACCGUGACGCUUUUGAGGUCCUUGUCAACGCCGCUAUGGAAAAGCUACAAGACAACGAAUCUGGCCUUGCAGAGAUGGCUUCGGCUCAGAUGCGGGCUGAGAGAGCGACGGGCACUGGCAUCAACGUGCAGAAUGCGGAUCGAAGGAGGGAUGGAGUCGUGGCCCAGGCCUCUGAUAGCCUCGAAGACGUUCUGGCAUCAGACCACGGAGGCUUUGGUCUUGGGGAGUUUGAGGGCGCUUGGCCAAUGGUCGCUGAACUCGCAAACUGGAUCGAUCAAGAUGCCGGAAGCCCAAUCUGGAUGCCUAACUUCGAGCUAUUGCAGAGUCUUUCAGGUGCUUGGAAUGAUUGA